AUGCCCGCAAGACAAGACACCGGUUGCAAGGAAACUCCUGCGAGACUGCCGAUCGCGCUCAUUAGCAACAGCGAUACAGCCAGAUAUCUGCCACUGUCCUCUGCCGCCACUUUGGGGAGAGGGUACAGCGGCAAUGACUACACGAUUCUGGCGACGCACCGCGCCCGCAUUAACCAUGGCACAGGGACUUCUGCAGAUUCAGUGGCAACGUGGCCCGUUGACGGCAUACCAGUAGAGCUGUUCGACCUGACAACCGAGUUUCUGGCACGAGAUGAUGUCAAGGCAAUGCGGCUGGUCAACCAAGAGUUCGAGAAGAAGGUCUCUCGCUCACUGUUUCGUACCUCUGUCGUUCCGUUCAACACCGAGCUUUACGACAUGAUCGAUGAGGAGACGAAGACUGCCGGUCACGGCCUCCGCGUAUUUCAAGGCUUCGGUCCGCAUAUUAAGCGCUUCGGCAUGAGCUUUGAUGUGACCGAAGAUCAGCUAUCGCAGCCACCCGCAAAGAAGGAGCUUGACUUCGUUGACUCGUACCAUGGCUCGUAUAACUGGCCACCGGCGCAUUACGCCCGCUUCGACAACAUUGCCGGCUUGGAGCGCACCGCGGACGAGACGUCACGCAUGAAGGCUGCCUUCCAGAACUUGGAGAUCGUACGCGAGCUUGCUUUGUCACUCGACAACGGUCUUGGCUGGCUCAGCGGACCGGACAAGUCUAUUCACGCUCGUGUGUUUGAGCGGUCGACGCCUAUGUUCGGCAAUAGAUACACCAUACCAGACCAUCAAACGCAGUCUGCGACGAUGUUUUGGGCGGCGAUGCAGGAUGUGCACGGCUGUCUUGGCGUGCUGUAUCUGACAUGUACUGAGCCUGGGGGGGCAGCCCUGGAUGAUGCUGGCACUUCUGUGAUGCCCAACCUUCUGCGAAAGGAGCAGAGGGAGUGGUUGCUGGAGAUGGAGUGGGCGCAGAGAGCGUUCCUAGAGUCUUAUAUGCUUGCCAUCAUCGACAACCCAGCCAUUUUCGAGAACGUGACGACGCUCAGACUCGCCAAACUCUCGAGUAGCUUCUUGCCCAUAAUUGCACGUCAGCCAUUUUGGGACGCACUACCUUCACUUGAAGACUUGACAAUACAUGUCAGCCCCGAUUGGCGCGCGGUUGGCAAAGACGACGCAGGCUUCGCAGAGAUGACGGCGAAGAAUCCCUCUGGGGCGGUGACGCUGUUUUAUGGCCUGCUGAGGCAACGGGUAGCGCCCAUGGAAAGCGUCACGAAGCUCAACAUUGGUUGGGUUAGUGGCGGCGAGCAAGCGCAAGGCCUGUUCGCUCGAAACAAUCACCUGCUUCCCUCGCCAAUCACGCAACUGGAGCACAGUACCGCGGCCGGCACACAUUUUAGUCUGGUCUUCAAGCACGUCGAGCACUUGACUCUCUCGAAUUGCUGGGUCACGCCGCCGACACUGGAGGGUAUUGUCAAGGGCCACGGGGUUUGCAAGAUGAAGAAGCUGACGCUUGACUCCUUCGGUCAUGCACCUGGACCGUUCGGCAACGCACCCGGCGUACCGGCUUUAUCUACGAACGGCAGCUUGGCGCACUGGACCGCGGACCAUAGAGAAGGCAGCUGGCCUCACCUCAUUAACAGUAUAUCUCCGGGUGCUACGUUCAACAACUUCAACGGUACGAAUUCGGACCCUUCCCGGAACCACAAUGAGCCGCCGAAGCCUGCAACGAAUCUUCGCGAGCUCGAGUUUAUCUCGUGCGGCUAUGCAUUGCUUCAGCAAGCCUCAUUCGAUCAAACAGCCCUACAGGGUGUCGUGCAUACGCCUUCUGCGUGGUUCCGCGCCCGCCAGCUUGUCCUUAAGCCUGUCAUGCUGGAGAGCAAGGAUCGCUUUUUGGGGUCUAUCGUGCCGGCAAUCCCACUGCGGGAGCAAGAUGCACUGACCCUUGCGUGGCACUUGACAUUGGGCUGGAGUAACGUGGAUGAGGCUGAGAAGGCCAUGUAUGACGGGUGCUUGCCGGGAGGUAGUGGGAGGUUUUCUGGCAGGAUUGUGAGGCCGUCGUAG